AUGCAACGGCGGCUGCCGCUGUGUGGCCCAUUGUUGCCGGCGUCGGCGUUCUUACGCGUGCAGCGGCGCUGCUACUACGACAGGAUCUGCAAAGACCGCGAGGGUAGCGAUGACAGCCCGGCGGACAUGUUUGACGAGUUCCCCAAGAACCCCGCCGCCAACAGCGUGCCAGAGGAGCUGCACACGGCGAGCACGGAGGCGGUGGGGGCUGCGGAGAACCUGCAGCGUUGGUUUUUGGUGGGGUCUACUGUAUUGUUUCUCUCGUUGCACUUUAGUGGCUUCUUGGAUCCGUUCAACGAUGGCUACCAGCGACCAGAGGGGUACGGCACGCACGGUGGCGGGGGAUGGAAGUAG